GUCAAACUCGUCGGAACAACAACAAAAGACACAAGUAGAAAUAAAAAGCGGAAAACUGAAGCAAAAAAAAUCACAACAAAAUAAAAGCAGACAAAAACAAAGCUAAGCAAGCAUUCAAAUUUAGCUCAUUAAAUUUGAUUGCGUUCUUCUUCUAAUUUCGGUUCUCUAUAAAUUGUUCGUUUUAAAUGAUCGUCUAAAGAAAAGACACAUUUAAGUGAAAAAAUAAAAAGCAAAAACCGAACGAAAGCCGCGAAACGUCGAUUGGCAAUUUGCAUAAUUUUUUUGUGGGUUUUGGGGCACAGUGGUGAUUGCUGCUUGCCAAAUGAAAUCGAAAUUGUAUAACAAAAAAAAGUAAAUAGAAAAAAUUGUGAUAAACGGGGAGAGAAGUGUGGGAAAAGUGUCUACCAACAAAUGGCCAAGGCGGCUGGGCGCUGGUUCACCCACCAUAAUCAUCAUCAUCAUCACUUGCCAUGCCUAACCAUUCUAUUUGGUAGCAUCCUUUUAUCCCUCGAAUCGGGGCCAUAAACCGCGUCCCCUUUACCCCAAUCAAUUGCACAAUGCCAAGUGCCCCCCAUUAUCAAGCUCUCGAGCCGCAAACUUCCGACGACGACGAGGAUAUCGAAAACUGUAAGGUUCCUGCUCUCGUAUCGACACCCUGCGGUGGUGCAGCAACUCCUGCUGCAAUGACCAUGCCCCCACGCUGGUCUCGUCCUCGUCCCGUCUCAUCUGUCUCAUCGAGACGUCGUUGCUGGCUGCCGGUUAUCUGUGUUGUGGGAUUCUUUCUUGUCUUCUUCUAUUUCACAUUAAACAGCGAGAAUCGUUUUACCCUUGGUCUGGGCAAUGCGAAUCUAGAUGAUUCCGAGGAUGCUGUGUAUGGAGCACAUAAUGGUCUAGAUAGUACAAAUUCACAUGCAAUCAACGAAUCUCUGCACAUUUGUAGCGAAAGUCAUGAGGAUCGACGUGUCUAUAUGCAAGAUAAGCCGCGUAACGCAUACGCCCAGUUGCCUGUGAUCUAUUUUGUUACUCCCACAUAUCCAAGACGCGAACAGAUACCAGAAUUGACACGUCUGGCUCAUACCUUACUCCAUGUUCCACACAUACAUUGGCUGGUGGCCAAUGAUCAUGAGAGAUGCGAUACGUUUAUCGACAUAUUACUAAAUCGUUUUGGCAUUCCCUUUACCCAUAUGGCAAGUCCGAUGCCUAGUAAAUUUCGUGGUUCCAAACCAGCGCCAAGGGGCGUAGCCAAUCGUAGAGCUGUCCUUCAAUGGAUAAGACAAAAUAAUCUAACAAAUGGCAUUCUGUACUUUGGUGACGAUGACAAUACCUAUGAUUUGCGUCUAUUCGAUGAGAUAAGACCCACACAGCGGGUAUCCAUGUUUCCAGUGGGUCUAAUAGCUGACUAUGCUGUGAGUGGACCAGUGGUGCGUCAGGGUAAAGUUGUUGCUUUCCUCGACUCUUGGAUUGCCGGACGUCGUUGGCCUGUAGAUAUGGCUGGAUUUGCUGUGAAUUUGAAUUAUAUGUCACAGUAUCCCAAUGUGAAUAUGCCCUAUAAACCGGGCUAUGAGGAGGAUCUAUUUCUGCGUAGCAUCAAUUUGCAUAUCGAUCAAAUUGAGCCACGUGGCAAUAAUUGUACUGAAAUUCUAGUCUGGCAUACACAAACUAAGAACAAAAAGGCUCCCGUUGUCCGUUUAGAAGCUAAAUAUAUGGAUGGCCGUUCCAAUUUGGGUGCUUUAUUUAGGGCAUUGAAAGUAAUGGGUGUGGCCAGUGCCUCAGAUAAUGAAGGUCCCAUUGCACUGAUCAGUAAGAAUGGCAAAGAGAAGUCGCACUCGUUGAUUCUGAGCUGAGUCCUUACAGUCCUUAGAUUUAAAAUAAAAAUGCAACAGAGAAAAUACUCAUAGACUAUAUAUAAAUAUAUAUUUAUCUACUAAACUCUCGAAUCGGCUGCUGUUUGCUGCUAUUAAUAUAUAAAAGUUAUCUUGACAUAGCUUACAAUUGUUUGACAAAAACUAAAAAAAACUGCACAAUUUCAAUUUUAUUUUAGUUUUCUCCUAUUAUUUCCCUUCUCAUAUUGUUACUGAUAAACACAGAAAAACAAAACAAACAAAAUUAAUUAAUUAAUAAUGUUAAAUAGUUUUAAUCUAAUUUUAUUCCCAUUUGUGAUAUGGUAACUUUUGUUUAUCAAAAAUCUCUCAUGUCCUUAGUUUAAAAAC